AUGCCGCGAGACCCUGUCCAAGUCUCCGACCUCACAAGACAGCCCAACACUUACUCCAGGAGCGCAGCCCGCACGCUACGUCAUUUCUCCUUACCGGACGGGCGUAGCGACGGUUUGAUCUUCGUCGCCGAGCGCUCGUGGAAAGGAGCCGCGUUUCCCCUCGCUGCUCCCCUCUCCACAUCACUGCCACCUGCCGCAUCACUGCCACCCCUUCCUCCGCCGGCUCGGAUGCUGAGCCUAGGCAGCUGGGGUAUCCGCAUCUCGGCCAAGGAAAAGGAACGGAGAAUCACCAAUCGCCUGUCUCUACUGCGGCCCGCUGCAACCCCUGCCCACCCACACAGUAACCCCCGCCACUCCACACAGCAACCCUCCCACCCACUAGCAACCCCCGCCCACCCACACAGCAACCCCUGCCCACCCACACAGCAACCCCUCCCACCCACACAGCAACCCCUCCCCACCACACAGCAACCCCUGCCCACCCACACAACAACCCCUGCCCACCCACACAGCAACCCCGCCCACCCACACAGUAACCCCGCCCACCCACCACAGCAAACCCCGCCCACCCACACAGCAAACCCCGCCCACCCACACAGCAAACCCCGCCCCACCCACACAGCAAACCCCUCCCACCCACACAGCAACCUCCUCCCACCCACACAGCAACCCCUCCCACCCACACAGCAACCUCCUCCCACUCCACACAGCAACCCCUCCCCACCCACACAGCAGCCCCCCGCCCACCCACACAGCAACCCCCUCCCACCCACACAACAACCCCCGCCCACCCACACAACAAACCCCGCCACACCCACACAGCAACCCCCUCCCACCCACACAGCAACCCCUCCCACCCACACAGCAACCUCCUCCCACCGCACACAGUAA